GGCCCCCGCCGGGAACCAUGUCCGCGGCGCGGCCGUUCCUGUCGUGCGCCUGCUUCUUCUCGGAGAACGUGUUCGUGGGGCGCUACGGGCUGCACGUGCGGUACCGCGACGAGCGGCAGCUGCGCCGCGACCACGGGCGGGCGCUGCGGGAGCGGGGCUGCCGGAGCCCGCGGGACUUCGCGGAGCUGCUGCGGGAGAUUGAGGCAGAAGUGCAGAGAAGAAAACAGUUAAUUCAUCAGUCAGUGGAACGGAAAGCCAUCAUUUCGCAGCGUUACAAACCCAAGCACCCACACGUGUACAUUCUGCAGGAUUCAUUCCUGGCCCCAGAGUUUCUAGAAAUUGUGAGAUACUGCACAUCACCAGAUGCUCAUCUYGAUGGCCUCCUACGCUACACAGAGUCCUACCCAGAGAAGCGGAUCUGCCGGCUCCCGGUGUUCACGGAGGAAUUCUGCCAAGCCUUCGUCGACGAGCUGGAGAACUUUGAGCAGUCGGACAUGCCUAAAGGCAGGCCCAACAGCAUGAAUAACUACGGGGUUUUGCUCAAUGAACUUGGGAUGGACGAAACUUUCAUCACACCCCUGCGUGAAAAAUACCUGCGUCCCAUCACGGCCCUGCUUUACCCCGACCUGGGGGGUGCCUGUCUGGACAGCCACAAGGCAUUUGUGGUCAAGUACUCCCUACACGAAGAUCUGGAUUUGAGCUCUCAUUAUGACAAUGCAGAAGUCACCUUAAACGUCUCGCUGGGAAAAGAAUUCACCGAAGGCAACUUGUACUUUGGGGAGUUUCGCCAGGACCCCAACCCUGUGCCAAGGUACCUUGAGAUCGAACACGUGAGGACCCAGGGGCUGCUCCACCGAGGAGGGCACAUCCACGGGGCGCUUCCCAUCGCCUCCGGCGAACGCUGGAACCUCAUCGUUUGGAUGAGGUCGUCUGCCAUCCGCAACCAGCUCUGCCCCAUGUGCAACAAGAAACCCGAGCUGGUGGAAGCAGAGGGCUUUGGAGAUGGGUUCACAGGGACCCUCGAAGACGCUGCACCCGAGACUGUGAAUCUCUGCUCGUUGUGGUAAUCUCUGCUCGUUGUGGACACGGUUUCUGCAGGCUGAGACGUUGUUUCGAGCCUCUCAGGGCACAUGAGUGGCCUCUGGGACACAUCAGUCCUGCAGCAAGUAGCUGCACCUGGGAGACCACCACACAYCCCAUCCUGCUGGGCUCGGGAAGCUGCUGCGCGGCCACCAAAGCGCUGGUGCUUGGGCCAGCCUGGGCUCACCCCCAGCCUUAGGCCCUGGGGAACGUCUGGGAGAUGUAAAAAGCCUUAAGACUUUGA